ACACCAUCCCCGACUCAGUGAUACCCGCCAAGCUCACCCCAAACUCUGAGCUUUCUUCCUUCUCGUGUCGUCUCGUCCCCUUCCCGCGCGCAGCAAUCGACAUGCACGUCCUCGCUCAAUCCACGGCCGUGGCCAAGGUCGCCGCCUCCGGCUGCCUCCGACGAAGCCCGAACCCCUCCGUGACGUUCCAGAGAUCCCCUUCCCUUCUUCUCUCGCCGGCCGCGUGCCGCCGCCGCUGCCGCCGCGGGUGCUCCGUCUCCGUCGACGUGAGGUGCUCCCUGGGCGCCAUGGUCACGCCGGAGCUGAACGGCGGCGACGUCGGCGUCGGCGUCGGCGGUGGUAGCUUCGACUUUCAGCGGUAUCUGUCUGCCAGGGCCGACGCCGUGCACGACGCGCUGGACCGGGCCAUGCCGCGCGGCUUCCCGGAGCGGCUCUGCGAGUCCAUGCGCUACUCCGUCCUCGCCGGCGGCAAGCGGGUGCGCCCCGUGCUCGCGCUGGCCGCGUGCGAGCUCGUCGGCGGGGACGCCGCGGCGGCCACGCCCGUCGCCUGCGCGGUCGAGAUGAUCCACACCAUGUCGCUCAUCCACGACGACAUGCCGUGCAUGGACGACGACGCCCUCCGCCGGGGCCGCCCCUCCAACCACGUCGCCUUCGGCGAGUUCACCGCCCUCCUCGCCGGCGACGCGCUCCACGCCCUCGCGUUCGAGCACGUGGCGCGCGGCUGCGGCGACCACGGCGUCCCCGCGGACCGCACGCUCCGGGCGGUCGCCGAGCUCGGGAGCGCCUCGGGCACCGGCGGGGUCGCCGCCGGGCAGGUCGCCGACAAGGAGAGCGAGGGCCUCCCCGUCAGCCUCGCCAUGCUGGAGUACAUCCACGUGCACAAGACGGCGAGGCUCCUCGAGGCCGCCGCCGUGUCCGGCGCCAUCGUCGGCGGGGGCGCGGACGCCGAGGUGGAGAGGGUCCGGCGGUACGCGCGCUGCGUCGGGCUCCUCUUCCAGGUGGUCGACGACGUGCUCGACAUGACGAGCACAUCGGAGCAGCUCGGGAAGACGGCCGGGAAGGACGUCGAGGCCGACAAGGCCACUUACCCGAAGCUGCUCGGCGUCGACAAGGCCCGCGAGUACGCCGCCGACCUCCUCGCCAUGGCCGAGGCGGAGCUCGACGGGUUCGACGCCGAGCGCGCCGCGCCGCUGCGACACCUCGCGCGGUUCAUCGCCUACAGGCAGCAUUAAUUGAUGGCUCGAUGCGGCUAACAGUGCAACGAAAAUUCAGCGCUUUCAAUGAUUUGAGCGACUCAAAUCGAGACAUAUUUGUCAAUUUCUGUACGUAUAUGAUGGUAGCUUGGAGUACGGUGUAUUUGUAUACCGUUUGGUUGCUCAAGGAAAUAAGUUCACUUUAGGUCCCUCAAUUUA